UAUAUAUAUAUACAUUAAAAAAUGAGCUCAAGGCCAGCAAACCACAAACAACGUAAAAUUAUCCUUGAAAUCAAUCAUGGAUUUGCUAUCAGCUGCCUGCUCCGCUUUGCUUCUGGUGCUAGUACUUAUGCUUCCCCUUUCAGCUAAUGCAUCGAGUAAACUGUAUAUUGUUUACAUGGGAGAGAAGAAACAGGACGAUCCAUCUGUGGUCACCGCAUCGCACCACGAUGUACUCGCAUCUGUUCUUGGAAGCAAGGAUGAAGCCAUGAAAUCCAUACUUUACAGUUACAAGUAUGGAUUUUCCGGGUUUGCGGCGAUGCUCACGAAGUCCCAAGCCGAGACAAUUAAGAGUCUACCUGGGGUCGUUAGUGUUAAGCCUAACACUCGUUACCAAACCGCAACAACUCGGAGCUGGGAUUUUCUUGGCCUUCACUACUACCAAACGUCGGCACCAGACCUCCUCCGGAAAGCAAAGUACGGGGAAGAUAUCAUCGUUGGGGUAGUUGACACAGGCAUAUGGCCUGAAUCACGAAGCUUUGACGAUAGCGGAUAUGGCCCUGUGCCGGCGAGGUGGAGAGGCGUAUGUCAGAUUGGUGCCGAGUUCAACGCCACGAGCUGCAACAGGAAGAUCAUCGGCGCACGCUGGUACACCGGCGGAUUGGAUGCCGAGAAACUCAAGGUCGACUACUUGUCUGCCAGGGGCAUGGACGGGCACGGCACGCAUGUGGCCUCCAUCAUCGCCGGUAGCCUAGUGAGGAACGUGAGCCACGGCGGCCUCGCCGGCGGUGUAGCGCGUGGCGGGGCGCCUCGCGCGCGGUUGGCCGUCUACAAGGCUUGCUGGCUGACGGCCGGCUGCGACGUUGCCGCGAUCCUCGCUGCCAUCGACGACGCCAUAAACGACGGCGUGGAUGUGCUGUCCCUGUCGGUGGCUGCGCCAGAAACAGAGCUCCCCGGGACGCUGCACGCCGUGGCGAGAGGGAUCCCGGUCGUGUUCGGCGCCGGUAACAACGGCCCCGCAGCGCAGACGAUUUUGAACGCCGUGCCGUGGGUCUUGACAGUGGCAGCCACCACCAUCGAUCGGUCCUUCCCGACCGUGGUGUCGCUCGGGAACAACGAGAAGCUAGUGGGGCAAUCAGUCAACUACAAUGCAUCCUUGAAUAGCGACGAUUUCCACGCGCUUUUAUUUGCGGGCAGCUGCGACGAACAGACGCUGUCGUUUACCAACGUCACCGGCAACGUCUUGCUGUGCUACGCCCCAUGGGAGGCGUCCUCCAAGCCGCCGCCGCAAGGAUUCAGCAGCGCCGUGACCGGCGUCAGCAAGGCAGGGGCCAAGGGCCUGAUCUUCGCGCAACACAACAGCAACAUACUCGAGCAGUACACCAAGGCCUGCAGCCAGUACUUCAUGCCCUGCGUGUUAGUGGACUUCGAGAUCGCACACAGGAUCGAGUCCUACGUCAAGAGCGUGGAGAUGCCGGUGGUGAAGAUCUCGCGGACCUUCAGCGUUGUCGGCAAUGGGGUUCUGUCUCCUAGGGUCGCCGCGUUCUCGUCGAGAGGCCCCAGCAUCGACUUCCCUGCCAUAAUUAAGCCUGACAUAGCUGCACCGGGAGCCAGCAUCUUAGCAGCUGUGCGCGGGUCAUACCAGCUCGAUUCUGGGACGUCCAUGGCGUGCCCGCACGUCUCGGCUGUCGUCGCGCUGCUCAAGUCGAUUCACCCUCACUGGUCGCCUGCCAUGAUCAAGUCCGCCAUCAUCACCACAGCAUCGGUGGCUGAUCGUUUCGGCAUGCCAAUCCAAGCGGAAGGGGUCCCAAGGAAAUUGGCUGACCCUUUCGAUUUUGGAGGGGGGCAGAUCGACCCCGACAGGGCCAUGGAUCCCGGCCUGGUCUAUGACAUAGACGCCGGUGAAUACACCAAGUUCUUCAGCUGCACCCUUGGGCCAGACGAUAAUUGUGUCACCUACAUGGGGCAGCUGUACCAGCUUAACCUCCCAUCCAUCGCCGUGCCGGACCUCAAAGAGACUGUAACGGUGAGACGCACAGUCACCAACGUUGGCCCAGCUAAGGCAGCAUAUCGGGCUGUGGUCGAAGCUCCACCAGGGGUGGCUGUGUCGGUGGAGCCUUGGGUGAUAAAGUUUGGUGAGGGUGGUAGCAAGGAAGCAACUUUUAGGGUGACAUUCACGGCGAGGCAGAGGGUGCAGGGUGGCUACACCUUUGGGAGUUUGACAUGGUUGGAUGGUAACACCCACUCGGUGAGAAUCCCGAUUGCAGUCCGCACUGUGAUCCAAGACUUCAUUGCCGACACAUCAUAGAUCCGAUCUAUCUACGGUCAGUGUCGAUCAUCCUGCUGCAUCAGUAUGGUGUUGGUGCGUACCAUCAUGAGUGUUAGCUCCCAGGUUCCUGAAUAAAGCAAUCCACUCUCCAAAUAAUUUGUUGGGUCGUAGAUACUAGCUAGAUCCAACGGUUGGGGUGAGUGGCAGCUAUUCUGUUUUGUCUACUCAUCAAAAUUUGGUUGAGAUUUACUUUCUUCUCAAUCACUUUUCCCCAAACGUGUAGAUGAGUUUUCAUCUAGAUGCAAGAAAAAACAGAAUUUCUAAAUGAAAACAACAUGAAAGAAAGUUCUGAUGAUGUGAUAA